GGAGGGCAAGCUGCCUUGAACAAAAAACAGAAGGAAAACAUUAGAUUCGAUGAUCUCAAGCUGCAGUUGCUAAAUGAAUUUAUCGAUGGUAGAUACAUCUUGAAUGCAGGAAGCACUUGGGUAGAUAAGCAGCUAGUUACGUCGUCAAACAAAGGUGUCAUUCGUUUUCCCGCCUUUUGAUUUCAGAAGAUUAAGUGCUUUGUGUUCAAUUUUAAUUUCAAUCCAAAAAGCAAUCAAAAUGGAGAAAAAAAUGGCAACAACUGUCAAACCACUCUCCAAUGACUACAGUUUUGGACCAUGGACCAUUCACACAGUAAAAGGAACCAUAAUGAAAUCUAACGAUAUCGAGAGUGUUGCAGCAGAGCUUGACAUACCUCAGUUACCUGAAAUGCUUUUUGUGGAAAACAAAAUGGAGAUUCUGCACCAAAGUGGAUUUGGACUCAGUUUCAAUGCAACUGAUGCAUUAAAAAGAGUUGAUAACAAACAGGAUUUAAUGAAAGUUGCAGUUGCAGAAGAAUGGCAGAGAUUAAGAGCAGAUACAGACGGCAUAAAAGAAGUGGUUAAGCCUUUUGAUUGGACCUUUACAACUGAUUACAGAGGAACAAUUGUUUCCAAAGAUCCUUCUUCUUACAAGGUACAUGAGACAACAGAGAUCAUAGAUUUGAACAAACUAAAGAUUAAAGAGCAAAUAUAUUUUUAUGAAGAUGUCAUAUUAUUUGAGGAUGAGCUUGCUGACAAUGGAAUGGCAUCACUAAAUAUUAAGAUUCGUGUUAUGGCGGGUGCUUUCUUUGCACUUCUUCGUUUCUUUCUUAGAGUUGACAACGUUCUUGUCAGAAUAAAUGAUACAAGAUUAUACCACGAGACGGGCACAAACUUCUUACUACGUGAAUAUUCUUCAAAAGAGCAGAAAUUUUCAAAGCUAAAGAAUCCAUUUGGCAAUCCAAGUGAUCUAGCAGAGCAUUUAGAAUAUAAAAAGGAACUUGUUGAAAAAAUCGAAUUUUUUGAUAGUACAAAUCUUGCUACAAACAGCAGCACUGAAGAUGGCUAAGAAUACGAACAUCAAUAUGUGUGAGUCAUCUUUAUCUACACAUGUAUGUUUGCUGCCUUAAUUGCAAAAUACAACCACGAUUUUGUACAUAUUUUUCAUAUUUAAUUGGUAUUAUCCUGUAUUUCUCUGAUACUUCAAGGUAUUUUAAGUAUGAUGGUAUCUGGAGGCUUUAACACACAUCCGACUGAAUGUUGUAAUUACUAAUUAUAGUACUUGGAGUUUAUCGUUUUCUUUUUGUUUUUAAGAAAACCUCAGAAUCUCGUAGAGGGAACGCCAGUGAAUGUAAUCGAAAACUGAAGUGCAAUCCACAAUUUAUUGCGAUUAUUCGGAAAAUGUUUCGUAAAAUUAGGGAAAUUUAGUGAUUGCUAAGAAUAGCAAAAAUUUAGGGACAAAUUAAUCUUGAGGGAGAAUAAAUGCUCUUUCCCGAAAUUGUAGGGGAUCUUUCAUCUAGAGUAUCUGUUUUAUCCGUACGAAACUUUAUUAUUGUUGGGUCUUGCCCGAGUUAACGUCCCUAGAUCAGUGGGAGAAUUUGACCUUUUGGAAAGAUUAGGCAAGUGAAGGGAACUUUUCGAGUUUCUUUUUUCGUUGGCCUUUUUUCUUAUGACUUGAGUAGAUUCCCAAGUAUCCAAUUUUCUAUAUAAAUUUUCUGAAUCCUGUCCAAUUUUUUUAGGGGGAGGGGGGGGCAGCUGCCCCCUAAUCUCUCCAUAAUUUUUACCAUUGCCUUAGAUUAGUUUCUUUGGUUUGAAGCUAAUACGCAGUGGUCUAGUGUAAAUACUUUAAUGAAUAAUGGAAUGAUAAUAUUUAGGAAGUUUGGGAAUAUUAGCAAAAUUCAUAAAAGAUCCUUGGCAACAGGUUUCGUUAAUCGUCUGACUUUUGGUCAGUAUUUCAAGUUUAUAAUUCAGUGAUGACAGGCUUGAUUUAUGAAUUUGGUGCCUUGUAUCGCUGUAAGAUACCCACAAAUGUUUUUGUGUGGGAAAAUGUUCGUAAGAUGCUCAGUUGUGGAAUUGUCGGGCAGUUUAGACACACCUAGUAAUGGCUAAAAAAUGUUAAGAAUCUUGUCUCAUUUUGUUGUGUGUCGGAGAGGAAGAGACUUUGCCUUGAAAAUGGCUUUGAAAAAAGCAAACAUUUGAAUGAACUAAAGUUUUCGUCAGUUUACUCCAAUGUUUGCUUUUUUCAAGCCAUUUUCAAGUUUUGUACCACCAAAAGAUAAUUUGCAAACUUUGCCUUCUUAAACGCAAUACAGUCAGAUCUGUCUAAUUCGAACUCAUGUUAUUUUCAAGAAGACUAAACGUUAUCAGUUCUCUUGAAAAUCACCUAAUAAACCCUAACAAAAACCCAGUAUAAUUCGAAUCUCGAUAAUUUGAACUUUUCCUAAUUGGACCAAUUUUGUUGGUCCCCGCAGAAAAACUACGUUUCUAGUUAAAAAAAUUUGAGAAAUAUACUAGUGAUAAAAGUACUUCAUUUCAUCAAAUUAUCUUAAAAUUUACGUUAUUGUCAUUUUUGGCUGUUUUAUUUAAAUAGUUUGCUUAAAUAUUUGUUGGGGAGAUGAAUAAACCAAUAUUCGAGGAGUCUUGGCCUGCCCUGUGCCGAGCUCUGAAAGACUAACGGCAUUGUCUAUUUUUCUAUUGCAUUCUUGUUAAAAGACCAAGUAAGUUGACAAUUCUUUAUUUAAAAUUUCUGUGUAUGUUGCAAUUCUAUGGAUAAAGGCUUAAUGUAGCUCUUGUAGUUAUAACUGAGGGAAACACCAGGAUUUUUUUAAAACUCGUAUGAAUCCAACAUUUUAUAAUUCGAACAUUUUGACGAUCCACCAGAAAGUUUGAGUUACACAGAGUUGACUGUAAUAGUAAAACCCUAUCUGUUGCCAGUUUUUGAUUAUUUUUGCCGAUUUUUUGCUUAUUUUUGCCGAUUUAGAAAAUUUCAAUUUAGUAGCUUUGUGGAGGUAAUUGGACAUCGAUGACUUCCUAGCGCUAGGAUUAUUUUAACUGGUUAGUCUAUUCGCAACUUUCAGAUGCCUCAUCAUCUUAAAAGCAGCAGCUACUAUACCACUCACGUACGUCUGAUACUCGCGUAUCAUUCAGGUUUUUGUAAAUCAAUUUUAAAUAGCUUUGAAAAAAGCAAACAUUUAGUAAACUAAAGCUUUUCGUC